GGAAGUAAAAUGGCGGACCUGGCAAACGAAGAGAAGCCUGCCACAGCCCCACCUGUGUUUGUGUUCCAGGAAGAUAAAGCACAGAAGAGAUCAGCAGAAGGGUCCAGUGCUGAGGAUGGAGAAGACUCUGAUAAAGAUGAGAGUAGUUACUGUCCCCCGGCCAAGAGAGAAAGAACAUCAUCACUAACACAGUUCCCACCCGCACAUUCAGUUUCUAAGAACAAUGUGUUCAUGCCAUCCAGUUUCUGUCAGUCCCCGACAGGAAAUAAUUCAGAUUCAGAACCUGAGGAGAAGACGGUUGGAUUUCGCUUGAAGCCUCCCACCCUGAUCCAUGGACAGGCUCCUCGUGCAGGUGUCCCGAGCCAGAAGCCCAAGGAGCAGCAGCGCAGCGUACUACGACCCGCAGUACUGCAGGCCCCUCCGCCUAGCAAAUCACUAACCCUGACCGGUUUGAACAGUGGUACGAAUGGAGUGAACAGAUCGUCCGAGGGUCUGCCAGUAACCCAGAACAACACAGAGAACUGUGAUGGCUCCACAGACAAUAUGGCCAAGUCACAGGUUGAGGGAAGCAGUGAAAAGAAAGUCUGUCUGUCAGCAGAAUCAGGGGAAACCAAUUAUUUCCUACAGUACAGAAGCACUCCCGGCUUACAGGAGGCUGAGAACAACACCGACGACGGUGCUAAGUUUGUGUUUGGACAGAACAUGUCGGAUCGUGUCCUGAGUCCGCUGAAAUGUGAGCAGUCAGCAGAGAGCAGCAGAGAUCCCCCUGCCACCCCGCCAUGUGAGCCACCCUCACUGGACAGCAGCCCUGACAAAGAUACCAAUGUGACAGAGUCUUUGGAGGAGUCGGCAGCAGCCUACACCAAAGCCACAGCCAAGAAGUGCUUGUUAGAGAAGGUAGAGGUCAGAACUGGAGAGGAGUCGGAGAGUAAUGUACUACAGGUCCAAUGCAAGUUGUUUGUUUUUGACAAAGCAUCCCAAUCUUGGGUGGAGAGAGGCAGAGGACUACUGAGGCUCAAUGAUAUGGCCUCCACGGAGGAGGGAUCGUUACAGUCCAGGCUAGUGAUGAGGACCCAGGGCAGUUUGCGUCUGAUCCUCAACACCAAGCUGUGGCCCCAAAUGCAGACGGACAAAGCCAGCGAGAAGAGCGUCCGCAUCACAGCCAUGGACACUGAGGACCAGGGGGUCAAGGUCUUCCUCAUAUCGGCGAGCUCUAAGGACACGGGUCAGCUGUACGCAGCGCUGCAUCACCGUAUCCUGGCACUGCGGAGCCGCUCAGACCAGGAGCCAGAGCCCCGGGUCCCCAUUCCAGACAGUCACAUCCCUCACCCCCAGUCUAACGAGGAGGAUAGUGAUGAGGACGAAUCGCUCACACCCACUGCCAACAUCACAGAGGGUCCAGAGGUCCAGGCCAGCGGGAGUGGGUCCUCAUAGCGCCUGCCCCCCUCCACACGCUGCAGUCGGGACCCCUACAGGCACCUCCACGGACACCUCAGUCCAGCAUUUCCCCAAUGGUCAGAGGUCACAGUGGAGUUCCAGGAAGGAUCCUAUGCAGGUGCUACUAACUUAACUCUGUGCAGUUCAGUCUCUCUGCAUUCGCAGUAUAUCCGGGAUGGAUGGUCUUUCUGUUUGUUUUUUAUUUUAGUUUUUUUAACCUAUAGAACUGAAAAAUAUAUAUUUUUUGAGUUUGUGAAUUGUCGCUCAUCAUAUUGAUGAGUGAGACGUUGCAAGACGGAAUGAGAAAGCAGUUUUCUUCUCUCGCCGAUGUAAGUACAUUCUAAAGAGCUUGCCGUUAAAAGUGGGACCUCUUUAUCCACCUUGCAAGAAAACAGACCUCAGGCACUUCAAAUCCAGUGGGGCUUGUAUUUUGUUCAGAGAGGUAAAGAAAUAGUUGCCUAGCAAAUAAUUGUUUAUAAAGUAUUUUUUAUUUCACUGAGUUGUCUGUCAUUGAAGAGUGUCUGAACUCUCACUUCAAGUUUUAUUUUGUAUUUUAAGUCCGUCGAUACCUCCUUUGGCCACUUAGUUUUUUAGUCUGUAGUCUACAUUAGAAAUUAUUUUUGACCACAAAUCAUUUGAAAUAUAAGCCCUUGUGCAAACACCUGCUUUGACGUGAAUGAUUUAAUAAAGAAUUCCAUUUAAUAAUGGAGUUGACCUGUGUUCAUUAUUAUGAUGAUUAUUAUUAUUGGUAGUUGAUAUAUCGACUUUGAUUUUGAAGUUCAUUCGAAAAUGAACCCAUUUUGCAAAUAAGCUAGUUGGAUUUGAUAGUUUUACAGCAGGUUUUUUCCCAUGACCUCAAAGUUUUCCAUAAAUAUAGAUGUUAGAUUUGUUUGUUUCAAAAAGAUAAAACAUUUUUAGAUCGAUCUGAAAAGAUAUCUUCCCAAAUAUAUAUAUUGAAUAAACCAAUUCUAUUAGUUGUUUACAAUUGUUUAUUUAGUUUGCUUUAAAUAAGUUACACAGACAUUGUUUAUAACAACCUCGAUCAUUGCAAACAUAUUUUACCUAUGUUUUUUCACACCAUGAGAAAGGUCAAUAUAAUAACUUCUAGGUUUGGGUGUUGGCAGUUGGUUUUUCCGAAAAUGUCGUUAUUUGCAUCUAUCCUAAAUGGGUUUGACCUCAAAACCCUACAAAAUGCACAUAUACUCUCAGAACAACUAAUGCUGCCAUUUUAAUUCAAAGAGCUAUAGGCAUUGGAACAGGUGGUUCUACACGCACAUGAAUGGAAGACUACAAGUACAUUGUUUCUCACCAAUAGUCUGGUGCUGAGCCCUCUUUAUUCCUCUGUUAAUCGGUGGCUUUGGUUUGGUGUAUUUAAAACGGAUCCCCUACGAGAAUAGAUGACUGCAGUUAUAUUUCCUUCAGUGAAGUGUGGCUCCUCUUGUUUUAAGCCUUUCUUCAUAUAAGUGGAAUUAGUCAUAUCUCUAAACUGUUGUAUUAUAGUGUGAUCCUUUUUCAUGUACUAUAAGCCUUUCAUGUGAAAAUAUGUAUUUUUAACACAAAAAAAAGCACACUAAGAAAACUGGAAAAAAACAACAAAAAAAACAGGCAAGUAGGAAAUGUUUUUGGUUAAAAUGUAUAAUUCCCGUAAUGUAUAUUAUUGAGCAGCCUUUAAGUGUAAAAAUAAAUAAAAAGGAUGCCCCUCCUUAUUUUGUACUCUUCUUCACCGUUGUCUGUAGAAACCUCACCAUGUAGUGUGCUCUGUACGUUUGUGUUCUCUCCAUUCUUCACAUUCUGCUUAUGUAGCGACAAACAUAGGACUAUUCCUUCGGACAUGGGGCUCAGACAUGAAUGUAUGGCAUCUUGGGUCUGUAUAAAGAGCCAGGGGCCGACGUUCUUCAGCACUUUUCCUUCUCUGUUAUAUUUCUCCCAUCAAUAUGAAUUUUUAAAUGUUCGUAAAUGCAAAUUAACUUGGGCUGUCCGUUAAUAAAAUGGCAAAAGGUGGUCAAUGA